GAAACUACACACGACACCAACGACCGGCGAAAAAUAAUCGUUUAGGUUAAGUUAUCAGUAACGUAAUCGUGUCAGUUUUAUAAUCGCGUAUAAUUUUGAGCCCAGUUCGGCAUUCUUCGUCCCGAAGAUAAAAAGUACAAAACUGUUUGUUGUGAAACGGUCUUGAAUAAUUCCAGAUUUAAAGCCAGUCUCGCGCCUUCGCUAUGACGUCAGACGAUCAUUCUCACUUCACGCUUCCCAACAACCAGCCAGUCGUCGCCUUAGAAUGUGAAACUGCCUUCAACGCCUUGACUACCAAAGAGAAGCUCUACGCUCACUAUCUCAGCCAAGCAGCCUGGAACGGAGGUCUGAUCGUCCUGAUCCAAACCUCUCCCGAAUCGCCUCUAAUCUUUGCGCUCCUCCACUCGAUCUUCUCUGCCGAGCCAAUUUCAGACCUCAAAAAGUCUGCACUUACUGCCGGAGUGACCGACGAUGAAUUUACGGCAUUUCUGGUCUACGCAGCAGGGCUUUUGUCCAAUGCAGGAAACUACAAAUCUUUCGGAGAUAGCAAGAUCGUGCCAAACCUGGAGAAGAAAAAGUUUGAGGAUAUCGUCAAGGCCUCCAAGGCUUACGCGCAAAGUUUACAAGACAUACAGUCUCUUUGGAGUAAAGUAGAAGCGAGGCUCUACUCUCUUGACGACAGAGCAAAGUCGCUCGGCCUUGGCGACAAGGGGACAACGACUUACUUCUCUGCCAACUGCACGACGGAAGAUGCUGACCUGGUGAACAGGUUCAUGCAGAGCAAGGGAAUGGAGUCGUACAACGCGCGGUGCUUUAAGACGGUACAGCCUGUGACUGACCCUGGCAAAAAGGGCUCCGUGACGUACGAGAUCAGACUGGCAUCCGUAAUGACUGGAGACGAUCCAAAGGUUACAUUGCGUGAAGAAACGUUCGAAGAGUCAAAGUUCAGGGUAACAAGAGGCGACUACAGCAAGCUGCUCGUUCCUGUUGUGGAUAACUUGAGAAAAGCGAAAGAGUACGCGUCCAACGAGACGGAGAAACAAAUGUUGGACAAGUAUAUCAGCCAUUUUAGUAGCGGUUCGCUGAACGAGCAUAAGGAUGGAUCGAGAUUUUGGAUCAAGGAUAAGGGGCCGGCAAUAGAGACCUACAUCGGAUUCAUAGAGACGUACAGAGACCCUGCAGGGCAGCGGGGCGAGUUCGAAGGGUUCGUAGCGAUGGUGAACAGCGAGAUGUCUCAGAAGUUCACUACGCUUGUUAAUCGGGCCGAAGAGCUACUGACAAAACUGCCCUGGGGCAGGGACUUUGAGAAGGACGAGUUCUUGCGGCCGGACUUCACCAGUUUGGACGUCCUGACUUUUGCCGGCUCAGGCAUUCCCGCCGGUAUAAACAUUCCCAACUAUGACGAGAUCCGUCAGUCGGAGGGUUUCAAGAACGUCUCCUUGGGAAACGUCAUACCUGCGAACAUGAAGCAGGAUGUAAUACCGUUUUUGUCCAACGAGGAUCAGGCGCUAAUGAACAAGUUCAGGAUUCAGAGUUUCGAAGUGCAGGUCGGACUCCAUGAGCUUCUUGGUCACGGCAGUGGAAAGCUCUUCAGAAAGCUGCCCUCCGACAAGUUCAACUUCGAUAUUGAGCGUGUGAAAAAUCCGCUCAACAGGGAGCCGAUCACCAAGUAUUUCAACGAGGGUGAAACAUACGAUUCUAAAUUUGGCGCUAUGGGUUCCACCUAUGAGGAGUGCCGGGCCGAAGCUGUUGGCCUGUAUCUCAGCUUGGAGAAGGAUAUAAUAAAGAUAUUUGGGUACGAAGGACAGGAUGCGGAUGACAUAAUAUAUGUAAACUGGCUCAGUCUAUUGUGGAACGGAUGUGCCAAGGCCCUCGAGAUGUAUCAACCGUCGACGAAGAAGUGGCUUCAAGCUCACUCUCAGGCACGCUACGUCCUACUCAGAGUCUGUCUGGAAGCAGGCGAGGGGCUGGUCAGUGUCGUCGAAAGCGAGCCGGGCAAGAACCUGAGGAUUGUUUUGGACAGGAGCAAAGUAGCCACGGUCGGAAAGACCGCGGUCGGACAAUUUCUCACAAAAUUACAAGUCUACAAGAGCACAGGCGAUGUCGAAGCGGCUAAAGCCAUGUACGACAAGUAUAGCGAGGUCCCUGAAUCCGGUCCUCAGCCCUGGGCUCUUUGGAGGAAAAUUGUGCUCGAUCAUAAACAGCCGAGAAAAAUAUUCGUGCAGUCUAACACCUUCGCGAACAGUGAGGCUGGUAAGCCACCCACUAGCGUGACGUUGAAGAACUACGAGCCGACGUUUAAUGGUCUGAUCGAGUCCUGGGUGGAUCGUUUCCCGUCUACCGAGGUGACCACGACCCUUCUCGAACUGUGGGCAAAGGACCAGAAAUACUUUUCAGAAUAGGAAAAAGAACGCCACUGCAUAAAUUUGCGUCAAUUCAGGGUGUUGCUUGUGAUACCGUGGUAUCGAUACUUACCAUGGAGUAAACAAAUUUUUCAACCUUUGUCUUUGAUGGAGGUGAGUUCUCGGUGUUGAAGGUCAAUAAGAACGGCAUUAAUAAUUCUGACCUUUUACCCUGGGGGUGUAAGGCUCUUCUUAGAACUAAAAUUUAUUAUAUUUAAGAAUUCAAACAAAGGGAACAGAGAAUGCGGCAAGAAAUGGUGGCAAAUUUAUAAUAUACUACCAGUAAUCCCGGAUACGCAUUACUGUGACUUAGCUCAAAAUAAUGAUCUGCAAAAAACUAAACAAAAAGAUUUUUUUCUCUAGUUAAUUAGAGAUGCAUCAAAAUCCAUUGAAAAUCAGUCAAUUACACAUAAAAGACAAACAGAAACUUUCGUAAAUUAUUUGUAUCCGGUAUUCAAGCCUCGGUCGUUUUCAUCCUCCCAAAAGGCUGA